UUGGUUUCUGCUUUUGGUGUUGCCAACCGUUUUGCUUAAGUUGAUUGUCUAGUCACUAAACGGCCAUCUGAUUCACACAAGGGUUCAUUUUGGGGUCCUUUCUUGGAAUGAUGACAAAAAUUUGAGUAAAUGAAAGUCAUCAAUCACAACUAGGGUGAUGCAUUUCUCAACUAUUAGUCUUGUCCAGGCGGCUCAAGGUUCUAGGUGACUCAGUUUUGUUUGCGAAGCUUGAUCCUAAUCACUGCUUUGGAGGUGUGAUCUAAAAAAUGGAUUCCAUCAAGAGCAAGAUGCAAUCUUUGGCUCAAGCCACGCAAGAGGCAACCGAGCGGGCUAACCGAUAUGAGGUGGAAACCCGAAGGAUUAACGACGUGGCCGAUAAAUUUGAGGAUCAGGUGCGAAGCAUUCAGAAGAAGAUGCAGGCCCUCGAGGGUCAGUAUGACUCGUGCUCGGAGCAGCUGUUUGAGGUCACCAUGAAAUUAGAGGUCAAAGAGAAGAACCUGGCCAAUGCUGAAGGCGAUGUGGGAUCCUUGAGCCGAAGGGUCCUCUUAUUGGAGGAGGAAGAGGAACGCAGCGAUGAGAGAUUGGCCCGGGCUAUCACCGAUUUGGCCAAGAACUCUCAGAGAGCUGAUCAAGCUGUCAAAAAGAGGCAACAUCUUGAAAACCACAAUACCUACAAUGAGGAACAAGGCGACAAACUGGAGACCCAGUUAAAAGAAGACAAAUUUACCAUGGCAGAGUCGGAGCGCAAAUAUGAAGACAUUGCCAGAAAAUUAGCCACCAUGGAAGGUGAAUUGGAGAGAAGCAAUGAACGGUGUACAUUGGGGGAAAAGAAGAUCGUGGAUUUGGAGGAAGAACUGCGGUUGGUUGGGCAAAACCUUCAGCAAUUGGAGGUAUCCGAGGAAAAAGCCUUAAAAAGGGAGGAAAACUAUCAAAACCAAAUGCGAUCUCUGGCUGAGUCACUCAAAACUGCUGAGAAUCGGGAGGAGAACGCUUUAAAAAACAUCCAACGGAUGAACGUUCGCAUCGAUCAAGUCGAGGAGGAUCUUUUGUGCGAGAAAAUGAAGAUCAAACGUGUGAGCGACGAUUUGGACGGCACAUUUACCACCAUGUUAAAUAUCAAUUAAAUCUUGAACAAACGAAAUCAGUACAUAUAAAUAUAGAGAGUUUAUCAGUAA